GGGAAGAGUAUCACCAGCUACUAGCUAUACAUACUUGAUUAUUUUUAUUUCCUAUCAUCGAUGAUUAAUUAUAUCUCAGCUGAAAAUUCAAUCGGCAGUAUGGCAAACAAUCAGCUACCCCAAGUACCGCAGGUGAUCCAGGAUCUCAACUCAAUCGAUUUGAACUUCAACUUAAAUCAACUAGACCGUUACAUAGAAAUACAGGAACAACAAGUGGAGCGACUAUGCAUAAUGGAAGUACCGAGUUAUAUGAAGGCGAGACGUCGAGCUGCCUAUGAGCCAAGUAUGGUGUCCAUCGGUCCAUACCAUUACGGAAAACCGCAGUUGCUGCCCAUGCAAGCCCACAAGACAAGGGCAGUGGUUCACUUCCUCAAGAGAUGUGGCAAGGCUAAAGAAUCCUUCCUACAAGAAUUAAGAAUUUGUGUGGUUGAAUUGAGGAACCAUUACGACCGCCAAAAGCUUGAUCUGAUGCUAGAAUGGCAAGAUGAUGAGAACUUCAUUCGGCUCAUGAUGGUGGAUGGGAUUUUCCUUUUGGAAUAUUUGUCUGCCACCAGCGGUAAUAGACAUGUUCAAGAUUAUGCUAGGAAUGACCCCUACUUUGGUCAUCGUGGAAAUACCUUGAGCUAUAACUAUGUCAUGCAAGAUUUAUUGAUGUUGGAGAACCAGGUGCCGUAUAAUGUACUCUAUAAGCUGCUUGCUGUUUCUCAUGCGGCUCCUAAUCAAACAAUACUUCCAGAGAACACACAUUUCAACCUUUGUGCAAUAAUGAUGUCUGUCCCGCCAGAAAUCAACACCAGUGCCAAUGCCAACAUCCAGCCAGGCUAUCAUCACUUCUUGGAUGCUUAUAUGAAGGGGAGAGCAAAGGGCAAUGUUCAACCUAGGAUUGUGGAAGAUAGAUUAGCCAGAAAAAUAUCUGCUUCCGCUCUUCAGAAAUAUGCAAUCAAGUAUACAGUGGUUGAAAGCUACGACAGUAUGGCAUUUGACAGUAAAUCUGGGACUUUGAACCUGCCUUCCCUUCUAAUAAAUGAACAGAGCAUAGUUAGUUUCCUCAAUUCAAGAGCAUACGAUGUUCAGGUAAGGGGUACCACUACGGAUUUGAACUCAUACAUUUACCUCAUCGACACUAUUGUCCACUCCGCUGAUGAUGUUAAUUUGCUCCGACGUGAAGGGGUCAUUAUCAAUUAUAUGAACAGCGACAAGGAUGCUCUAAAAGCGAUCAAGGAACUCAAGAAAGAUGAUGCACGAGGAGAUACUCAUGAUAGAUCUUUUCAGGUAGUUAAAAAGAUAAGGGACUACUGCAGAGAGCUAGAAACUUCCAUGAAAAGAAAAAAAACUUCCAAGAGAAGAAAGGCAUAUAGACUUAUAGUAACACUAUUUUGUGGAGGGACAAUUAUUCUCAUACUCACUGCAAUACAAACAGGUUACUCAGUAGCCGCGUUUUACAAGCCAUAAGAAAACACUGCAAGUAAUUAAUGGAGAAGAUCCUUGGGCUUCUGCUGAUAACGGCCAGUACGUAGACCGAUGCACACACCAAGUUGAGAUUAUUGUUUUCUAGUGAAUGGUCUUAGACUAAUUCCAUCGUGUCUUUUCUUGUUACUCCCUUAUAUAUAAGACGUGCGUUUGGA